AUGGAUGGGGGCUGGCUGAUGCUGGAGGGGCAGCUGCGGGCAGGGAUUGCUGGGGCUGAAGGUUGGGGAGAAGAGACGGGAGAAAUUCUGAGAUUGGGCAGGAAUCGGAGGAGUGGGAGGCAGGAGUUCAUUGAGGAGCUGCCUGAUAACUCUCCACCCGGCACCGUCCUCGCUAACUCCCUGAUUGCUGUGGGCAACCUCAGCACCAUGACACCUGCCCUGGAGCCAGAGCUGGAAACCCACCUCCUUCAAGCUGCCCUGCAUGUCAUCUUCACCCUGGGCACAGAGAAGGACACCACCCAAGUCCAGGAUCUGCAUAGGGUCUUGCCAGACCUCCUGGAUGCCAUGCUGGGGAACCUGCUGGCAGAGUCCCCAGACACCGGCAGGCUCCACUACUUCUUGGAGCACAUUAACUACUGGAUCGUGCCCAGGGUGUCGCAAGAGAGAGCCAGGGCCAUUAGGAGCAGCACGGCCCUGCUCAGAUUCAUUAUCACCCUCCCUGAGUUUGACAACUCAGCAGAAUUCCCCAGGAUGGGUCACCAUGUGGCACAGCUGGCUCUGUUCAUCGGUGACCCAGCCAAGGACAUCAGCCGGCAGGCCAGGGAGGGGGUUUACCGGCUCGACCAGCUGCUGCUGCACCAGAGGAGUAAGGAACCCAGCUGGGAAAUGGCACCUGAUAGAAGAGUGAGACUGGGACCCCAGCCAAUUUCUCUCAGACUGACCCCGGCUGGAGGAUGAGUCUCUCUCGAUCUCUUUCUCUGUUCUACACCACCCCUGCAAUUCUGCUGGGCCAGGCACACAGCGAGGACUCUGCCCACUGUGCAGCCACCAGUGGGAUUGGAAGGACACAAGCACUGCAACCAGAAUGACAACUGUGUGUGUCUCUCCCAGGGCUGACCAUCCAUGAGGCUGAAGACCUGUGGUGUUGGGACUGGCACCAGGACAGCAGGCUCCUGGGCUACAAGAACACAGCCAGGGUAGGGGAGGUCUUCGGAAAGUUCUUCUUGGAGGUGCAGAGAUCUUUCCUCUGGAUGGCAGUGCUGGCCAUCCAUGACCCCCUGCUGCGUGUCAGCCAAUCUGGGCUGCUCCUCACCUACUCCCUCCUGGGGGAAGCCCAGCAGUUGAUGGGGGACAAGCAGGAGGACGUCGUGGCUAAUGUGAUGCGCCAGCUCUGCAUCAUCCAGCGCUUGCGCCAAGUGCCUGAGGCACUGCAGGGGCUGUGCCUCUAAGGCCUCCAGCAACUCCCACUCCCAGCUGCAGGGUCCUUCCCUCUGCCCCCCAAAUUCCUUCAUCUGGGGCAGGAGCCUCCUUCCCAGCUGUCUUCCAGGCCCUGGGAUCUGGCAAAGCCUCCCAGAUAGGCGCAACCUGGAGCUGAGCCACCUCAGGGAGCAGUGGGGACAGGUCACCUCAUCCCAUCAAACCAAGCAAUGCUGGCUCUCAAAGAGGCUUAGAUGGAAGACCCCACUCCCUCAUGGAGGUAAGAGCCAUUUACUCCUUGGAGCAUGUGGGUCUCUUG